AAACAAGGUACGACAUAGUUUUUAAACAUUCCCAAGUUCGACAUGUUUCAGUACACUAGUCUUUUUAUCCUUUAUGUUUUCGGAUUUCUGGCUGAAAGUAUCGAAGGAAAGAUUCAAGUUAAAAUUAUAAAUACAACGGGUAUACCGAACCCCGAUCAUCUUGAAAUGACAGUAAACUUAAUAAAAUCAGCCAAUGGGGAAGUGGUAGAUGUGGACAGCAAUUUGAAAGCAGACAUUGGUAGUGCUUUAUUUUUAUGGAUCGAUCUGCAAACGAAAACCGAAGUUUCUGGAUAUGAAACCUUAUUUAAGUCUGAAAACCUUGAUUUAUGUAUUUUGUUAGAUAGUGCGAAGGAACAUCCACUUGCAAUUCCAUUCUUAGAAAAUGUCAACAAACAUGGCAAUAUUCCGCAAACUUGUCCAAUAAGCAAGGGGCAUUAUUACUUAAAAGGAUUCCACAUUAACGGAGAAAUCUUGCCGAGCUUUUGCCCAUCAGGAAAUUUUCGCCUGAACUUUGGAGUCACAUAUUUAUCUCAGAAUAAUAUUACCGAAAAGUUAUUUGAGAUGAAAUGGGACGUUGAGAUAAUAAACGACUCGCAAAUCGGAACAGGAAUGGAAAUACCUGGUUCAAGUUCUUAAUAUGGAAUAUACAUUCUAAACAAAUUCUAAUAAAAAUAUAUACACCA